GCAGAUCAUAGAUCUUGGAAAUUGAAUAUUAAACUCGUUCAAUUGCGUCGUUUUCCUGCUGGAAGCUGAACUGGCGUUGCAUGAGUUUCUGGGAUGGGCUAAUCCACAGAAUCUUAGUUAAAUCAAAGGCGCGAGUGUCUUCUUAGUUAUGGAUAUGAGCAAGUUUAGACCUGAAUCGCAUGUGGCACAGCAAAGCCUACGAGAUAACCUGAGGGUUCCGCAAGCGGCGGACUUCCCCAACAGCAUAAACCCAGAUCUUAUUCAAGUAAGAAGUGAUAGAAAUGACCAUCUGCUAUUCGAUCCAGAUGUUUUUUCUUCAGGCAUCUUUCACGGCUCCUCAAGCUCCAAUGUUUUUACUGCUCAAAGUGGUGCAAUCCUACAUCUGGAAUUACAAACAGCUCAAGAACACAGGCAAAUGCUUGAUGAGGAAUCGUCGCUUUCAGGUUAUGCAAGUGGAUUAGCUGGUAGUGAAAGCAAUCAGGACCCUUGGUUUGUUGGUGAAGUCAUGUCAAAUAAUGCAAGGGCAAGCAGCAUAUCUGCAGCCACGCAAUAUCUGAAGCCAAGUUAUGGGAAUUUGCAAUUUGUUUCACCUUCACUUUAUCAGAAUUCUCAACUGGGUUUCCUUUCUACAGCUUCCAUCGGCACUCAGGAACUUGAAGUUGCAUCUCACGAACGCCAAAGUGUCAGAGAAGCUGAGCAAGGUUCAAGAAUGGAUUUCUGUGGGAAUCAAGCAAAUCCUUUGCCAUGUGGAGACGCCGGUGCUUGGAUGAAUCGACCACUGGUGGAGCACUCUCAACAGUGGUGUGGUGAAAUGGAGUAUUUGGCAUGCAAGAGAAGCGUAGACGUAAGGGCUGCUGCGAGUGAUACUGCUACUACCCAAGGGCUAGUUCUUUCUCUUUCAUCCAACCCAACAUCUAAAAUUUGUGGUGCGGAUGCGGUUCAAUUCACAGAGGACGAGUAUGGUUAUGAUGGCUUUCACUCAAGGCCUGGUGAACUCAAGGAACUACAAGAUUCAAAAACAUUAAAUAUGGGUAAUUUUUGUUCGAUGCAGAAACCAUUUUUAGCAGGUAAAGCCAACGGAAAAUCCCUUCACGACGCUGGUGGAAUUUCUACUCAUUACGUUCAUCGUCAAACGAUCCCCAUUGGCCCCUUUACUGGAUAUGCAACUAUUCUUGAGAAUUCAAGGUUUUUGAUGCCAGCACAAGCGCUUUUGGAUGAAUUCUGUCAUGUGACCAAAUCUAAUCCCUCUAAAGUUUGUGACACAUCCGAGGGGGCCUCCCGUGAUGCUAUUGGUUCGGGUUCGGCUGGUGCUCCUAAUAAAGUUGAUAUGGAGGCUGGAACUAGCAAGGGAAAUAACUUAGGGGCCUCGUCCUCUACUUUUUACUGUUCUAAUGAAUCUUGUAGACCUGAUCAGUAUCAACAGAAGAAGGCAAAGCUUGCAUACAUGCAGGAGGAGGUUUGCAGAAGAUACAAGCUAUACCAUCAGCAGAUGCAAAUGGUGGUUUCUUCUUUUGAAUCUGUAGUUGGUCUUGGUGCUGCAUCGCCCUACUUUUCCUUGGCUUUGAAGACGGUAGCAAAGAAGUUCCGAUGCCUACGGAAUGCUAUUUUAGGUCAGAUUAGGCACAUAUCUAGAGCCCUUGGGGAAGACUUAUUGUCCCCAACUACUGGUACUAGCAGUAGUAAAGGUGAUAUAAAUAUGUCUAGGCUCAAAUAUGCGGGUCAGAAUUCUGGUGGGGUUAACAUGGGGUUACUUGAACCCCAACAACAUGGCUGGAGGCCCCAGAGAGGACUACCGGAACGUUCGGUAGCGAUUCUUAGAGCUUGGCUCUUUGAACAUUUUCUUCACCCGUACCCCACUGACACGGAUAAGCACAUAUUGGCCAUUCAAACUGGUCUAUCUCGAAAUCAGGUAUCUAACUGGUUCAUAAAUGCGCGUGUCCGGGUUUGGAAACCAAUGGUGGAGGAGAUACAUAUGCUUGAAAGCAAAGGUUUGGCAGAAGGAAAUCAGAAUUUGAGCAAAAGUGAUGGCAAAUAUACCAGUGAAGGAUGUACCAUUCGGCCUAACGAAGACCAAUCUAUCAACACAUCUGUCAAGCAAGUGGCUUGCUCCGAUAUUCGAGUAGCUGACAUUGCGGGUGAUGCACAUGAUGUGCAACUUUGGAAUCAUGAGAAACGUUCAAGGAUAGACUUUGAUAUCACAACAAACAUGGAGGGUCCAUUGAUGGGUGUGCCAUUCGAGCAAAACAGGCUGGAGAAUGUGGGGCUCGGAGCUGUGUCACUAACCUUAGGACUUAGGCAUGGUGUGGAAAGUGCACAACAGCAGCAGCAACAAUAUCAACAACAGGAGCAUCAUCUGAGGAGGCAAUUUGGAGGUCAAUUGAUUCAUGACUUUGCCGGUUGAGCAUACAUUUAUCUUAUUGUAGUAGAAAUGAGUGCGUAAUGUGCUAGCUGUUCUUUGCGGCAAUUUUCUUAAAUGCAGCAACAAAAAAUCCAGCUAGUACAAGGUUUCAGGUUACUUGGACAUUAUUAGUGUUGAAUGAAAAUGACUGCAACACGACCUCGUUGCUGAACGAUAGUUACAUGGCGAGAGCAAUCAUUUGGAAAUUAGAAGGAAUAAACGUGUGAUGUCGAUUUGUAAUACAGUUUGUUAGAAGCUGUUUGGAUUUGUCAUGGUAGGGUAUAAUUAAAGCACAAAUGUA